CUCCUUCCUUCCCUCCCUUCCUCCCUCUCUCCCUCCCUCCCAGCUUCUGCACCAGGAAACGGCCUGGAUCCCGGCAGCGGCCUGACCUGGCUCCACGCUGGCCAAGAGGAUGAAAGGCCCCAGCUGGGGGCUCCUUGCCACCAGCGCUGGGUCCUAAGAGCUGCCAUCCAGGCUGGCCGCCCGGAUGGCGACCCCAGCCUCGGCCCCAGACACACGGGCUCUAGUGGCAGACUUUGUAGGCUAUAAGCUGAGGCAGAAGGGUUAUGUUUGUGGAGCUGGCCCUGGGGAGGGCCCAGCAGCUGACCCACUGCACCAAGCCAUGCGGUCAGCUGGAGAUGAGUUUGAGACCCGCUUCCGUCGCACCUUCUCUGAUCUGGCAGCUCAACUGCAUGUGACCCCGGGCUCAGCCCAGCAACGCUUCACCCAGGUCUCUGAUGAACUCUUCCAAGGGGGCCCCAACUGGGGCCGCCUUGUGGCCUUCUUUGUCUUUGGAGCUGCUCUGUGUGCUGAGAGUGUCAACAAGGAGAUGGAGCCACUUGUGGGACAAGUACAGGAGUGGAUGGUGGCCUACUUGGAGACGCGGCUGGCUGACUGGAUCCACAGCAGUGGGGGCUGGGCGGAGUUCACAGCUCUAUACGGGGACGGGGCCCUGGAGGAGGCUCGACGCCUGCGGGAGGGGAACUGGGCCUCAGUGAGGACAGUGCUGACAGGGGCCGUGGCACUGGGGGCCCUGGUAACUGUAGGAGCAUUUUUUGCUAGCAAGUGAGAAAGUCCAGGGCCAAGUGGGGCUAGGUGUGGCUGGGGGACAGGAGAGCAGGAACAGAACAGAGAAAUACCCUUGAAAGUGGUGGGGUGAAUGGAUGGGCAUGGAACAGGAAUGGGAAGGGGCAGGGCAGUGUGUGAGGGUGCUGAGUGUGCCAGGCAGACAGUUGGAAGAAUGAACUGGAGACCUUAGGGAAUGUAUUUGGAAAGUUGGGGCCAGGAGAUGGAGUAAUUCCAGGGUUAGGGGGAGGUGGGAGGGAUCAUGCCUGUCGGUGUAGGCACAGGAAACUAGCUGGAGCUUGGUUUGCAGCCCUGAGGAAGGGGGACUUGCAUAGGGGUUGGCAUCUCCACUGGAUGAGUGGGAUUUGGGGAAAACACAGAAGGCACAUCCCUUUGAAUGGUAGCUUGGAUCCUCAGGAGAUAGGGAGAGGUGGCUGUGAAAGUGGGCUGCUCGGACAUGCGUGUGCAUGUGCACGCGUGCUAAUGUGCAUGCUGGGCUGCUUGUCUAAUCUGGUGGUCGUGGGAUUUUUUUAAGGAGAAAACAUUCCCUCUUGCAGUGGCAAGAACAAGGGGCAGUUCUCUGUCUCCCUCCCAGUCCCCAUUCCUUCCUCCCCUUGUCCUGGUGCCUCAAGGCUGAGGGAGAAACACUGUAUCCAGA